UCACAGUGGAGCCAUUCAGAAGGUGACGUGCAUGAAGAUUAAAGCAGAGAGAUGAACUGGCCCUCCAUGUGGAAGUAGAUAAGAAACGUUUCGCUUUGUGAUUGUGGAAAAAUGUCUUCGGGUCACAACAGUCUCUUUUCAUUUAUAGGCUCAAGCGUGUGUCUUAAAAACUUCAGUCAGCUGAAUGGGAGAAAGUGGCACAAAGAAAGGUGUCCAAACGGGAAUGUACAAAAACGCUGCUGCAACACAAGAUGUCUAAAAUGGCCUUGUGUUAGACUUACAAGUUUGUCCCCAUCGUCCUCAUUUAUGAUAUUGACUGUGCUCGCCAUGCUUUUUCCCAAAGCAAAUGUGACAGCAGCAAUGAAAGUGACCUCCAGUGGGCCACAAACUAUUCAGAUGGCUCAAGGGGAUCCGGUUACUCUAGACUGCACCUACACGUCAAGCCAAGCAGACAUAGGCGAGCUUGAUAUUGAGUGGUCAGUUGUCAGCCCAGACACCACAAAAAAAGACCAGAUGAUCAUAUCAUACACAGGUGGAAGGAAAUACACCCAUGGUGACUCUGAUUUAAUGAAAGGGGUGGACUUCACAGCUACAGACCCUUCCCAAGGAGAUGCAUCUCUAUCGAUUUCCUCGCUGACUGCCAGUCAUGCUGGAACGUAUCAGUGCAAAGUCAAAAAGGCACCUGGAGUGGACAGCCGAAAAAUAUCACUGAUUGUGAUGGUGAGGCCGUCUGUGCCGAAGUGUUGGGUUGACGGUGGUGAAGCCGUGGGUGAACCAGCAUCUCUCCGCUGCAGGUCAGAUGAAGGCACCGCACCUCUGCUGUAUUCAUGGAGGAGAGAAAGUGGAGGGCCCAUUCCUCCAGAUGCCAUUCAGAACACCAUCACAGGAGAACUUCUGAUCAGUAAUCACUCCGUAAGCCACUCCGGUGUUUAUUCCUGUGAAGUUUCCAAUGCUGUUGGGAAAGAGAGCUGUCGGCUUAACCUUCAAGCUCUGAAGCCUCCUAACAGAGCGGGGGUCAUCACAGGAACCGUUGUUGGAUGUUUACUGCUCAUCAUGAUCGUUCUGAUCAUUAUAUGGCUUCUCAUCUUCAAAUGUAACUGGAAUCAACAUGACAAAGAGUUCUCUAAUGAGAUUAGAGAGGAUGCUCCUGCGCCCGAGAGUCGCCCCACCAGCCGAAUCUCCAGCUUCCGUUCAGGUGUGGCCUACAGCCAGGUGGGCCAAACCCAAAAUGAGCAUCCGCCCUCCACUAACACCAGCUACAGCACUGCAAAAUAUGACAGCAGGUUUGGUUAUGCUGUAUGA